UAAUCAAAUUUAAUCUGGAGCCGAAUGGUAUUAUAUAUCGUUAUCGGCGCGGUCACACUGACCUCAAUUUGCAGCACGACAAAACGAAAAAAAAAUAACAAAACUUAGAAAAUUUAGUGUUCAAAUGAAAAGUAAACCAUAAAAAUCCAUUGUGAAAAAUUGUGGGGUGGUGGGAGUAAAACGGAUACUCAAUAGUAAAAGAGAGAGAGAGAGCGAGCGAGCGCCUCGUAAGCCAGUGUGUAGCGCGAGCGAGUGUGUGUGUGUGCAGUGACUGAGUGAGUGAGUGGAGGAGCGUGACAUGUAUUUGAUGUGUACUCAGCAGCGGCCGAAGAGAGCGCAUUAAAGCAAGAACAAAACCACACACACACACGCAGGCACAGAAGCAAAGUUUGUUGUGGGGGAGUUAGAGAGAGAGAGAGAGUCGACGUUGUUUCGGUUACGAGAAAUACACACACUCUUUCGCUAGUGUAGGCAAAUGCGUAUAGAAUAGACACACACACAUACAGAGACACAGACAUACCGACAGACACGAGCGAGCGAAAAAGGAAAAAAAGAAAGAAACCGAAUCACUUCACUCGAAAUAAGGCAGGCGAAGCAGAAAGCAACAUGAAUCCAGCGGUUGAUGCGUGGGCGGUCACCCCGCGAGAGAAGUUAAAGUAUCAGGAGCAGUUUAAGGCGCUGCAACCACAGGGCGGCUUUGUGACCGGUGCCCAAGCGAAAGGAUUCUUCCUGCAGUCUCAGCUGCCGCCAUUGAUCUUGGGUCAAAUCUGGGCUUUGGCUGAUACGGAUUCCGAUGGCAAAAUGAACAUUAAUGAGUUCAGCAUCGCCUGCAAACUCAUUAAUUUAAAACUGCGCGGCAUGGACGUGCCCAAGUUGCUGCCGCCCUCGCUGCUGGCUUCGCUGGCGGAUGCUGCACCUGCGGCUGUUGGCCAAACGCCCACAAUGACUCCACGAGGCUCGACCAGCUCCAUGAGUCCCAUUGAUCCGCUCAAGAGCAUUUCUGCUGUGCCGGCUGUAGCUGCUGUUGUGGCGCCUCCAGUUGUUGCGGCUCCGCCAGUUGUUGCGCCUGUAGCUGUGGCAGCGGUGCCCGCUGCGAUCAUCUCGCCACCGCCCAGCAACCCACCCAGUCGCCACAUGUCCAUUUCUGAACGUGCGCCCUCGAUUGAGUCACCGCAAGCGGAGUGGGCUGUGCAGGCGGCACAGAAACGCAAAUACACGCAGGUAUUCAAUGCCAAUGAUCGUACACGUUCCGGCUACUUGACAGGCGCUCAGGCACGCAGCGUGUUGGUGCAGAGCAAGCUGCCGCAAGUGACGCUUGCGCAGAUCUGGACGCUGGCCGAUGUCGAUGGCGAUGGGCGGCUCAGCUGUGACGAGUUCAUUUUGGCUAUGUUUUUGUGCGAGAAAGCCAUGACUGGUGAGAAGAUACCGGUUACGCUGCCCUUGGAUUGGGUGCCGCCCAGUUUGCGUAAGAUUAAGUCGCGUCCUGGUUCCGUGUCCGGUGUGAGCUCUCGGCCCGGUUCACAGCCAGCCUCGCGUCAUACUUCGGUGUCUUCGCAGGGCGGCGCCAUGACGGAUGCUGAUCCAGCAGCAGGAUUGCCGCAAACAUCCUUUGAGGACAAGCGCAAGGAGAAUUAUGAAAAGGGCAAGGUGGAGCUGGAUCGCAGGCGUAAAUUGAUGGAGGAUCAGCAACGCAAGGAGCGUGAAGAACGUGAGCGCAAGGAACGCGAAGAAGCCGACAAACGUGAGAAGGCACGUCUUGAAGCAGAGCGCAAGCAGCAGGAGGAAUUGGAGCGCCAGUUGCAGCGACAACGUGAAAUCGAACAGGAGAAGGAGGAGCAACGUAAGCGCGAGUUGGAAGCCAAGGAGGCAGCUAGAAAGGAGCUGGAGAAGCAGCGCCAGCAGGAAUGGGAGCAGGCACGCAUUGCCGAAAUGAACGCACAGAAGCAGCGGGAACAGGAGCGUGUUCUCAAGCAGAAGGCACACAAUACGCAGCUCAAUGUGGAGCUUAGCACGCUCAACGAAAAGAUUAAGGAUCUGUCGCAGAAGAUUUGCGAUACACGCGCUGGCGUCACCAAUGUCAAGUCCGUGAUUGAUGGCAUGCGCACACAGCGCGACACUUCUAUGAGCGAAAUGGGACAGCUAAAAGCGCGCAUCAAGGAGCAGAACGCCAAGUUGUUGCAGCUGACUCAGGAGCGCGCAAAAUGGGAUGCCAAGAGCAAAGCCAGCGGUGGCGCCGUGGCCGGAGAUGCAGCACAGCAGGAGCAGCUCAAUGCAGCGUUUGCACACAAACAACUGCUUAUUAAGCAAAUCAAGGAUAAGGUGGAGAACAUCAAGCAGGAAAUUGAGUCCAAGAAGGAGGAUCUCAACUCGAACGAUGUCACAAUGCAGGAGUUAAAGGCCGAACUCUCGGCGCUAAUCACCAAAUGCGAACAGCUUUACAAGGAGUACGAUGUGGAGCGGACUUCAGUGCUGGAAUUGAAAUAUAAUCGCAAGAAUGAAACGUCUACAAUUAGCUCAACAUCCGCCUGGGAUACUGGCAGCGCUUGGGGCACAUCCAGCGAACCAGCUGCUGUGGAUGCCUAUGGCAGCUAUGGACUUAGUAAUGACACAGCUGCUGCAACUGCUGCGGCUGCUGUGACGGCACCUGCUGUUGAUCUCAGUGGACCGGCACCUGAAGGCUUUGUCAAAUACCGUGCCGUCUACGAGUUCAAUGCACGCAACACAGAGGAGAUUACAUUUGUGCCGGGCGAUAUAAUUCUGGUGCCAUUGGAGCAGAACGCUGAACCUGGUUGGUUGGCGGGCGAGAUUAACGGCCACACUGGUUGGUUCCCCGAGUCUUACGUCGAGAAGAUUGAGGAUGAUCCAACAACUUCGACACCGGCUGCUGUUGAGCCAGCUGCCGUUGCCGCGACAGCUGCAGUUAACUACAAUGACACUGGCGCCUUGUCGGCGACAGCGUUGGACUUGGAUGCAACUGCAGCGGCAGCAUCUGGAGCAGCGUUAACAACGGCGGCAGCGACAGGCGAUGUCGAAUAUUAUAUAGCCGCAUAUCCUUAUGAAUCAGCUGAAGACGGUGACUUAAGCUUUAGUGCUGGCGAAAUGGUGAUGGUCAUCAAAAAAGAGGGCGAGUGGUGGACGGGCACCAUUGGCAAUCGCACCGGCAUGUUUCCCUCGAACUAUGUGCAAAAGGCAGAUGUGGGCACGGCAACAACAACAGCAACUGCUGCUCUUGCAAACGAUGAGGAGGUAACCGAACAGGAGGCUACACACAAUGGCAGCUCGGCGUUUGCCGCUGAACCUGAGACACAACCGCAGACGCCACAAACGCAUCAGGCACAGACGCCAACGCAACAGCCACAGGCCGCGGAGGCGUUGGAGGAGUCGCACACUAACGAAGAUCUUGACACUGAGGUCUCGCAGAUAAACACGCAGUCCAAGUCACAGAACGAACCGGCCGAGAGCUACAGCCGACCCAUGUCACGCACUUCUUCCAUGACACCCGGCAUGCGCGCCAAACGUUCGGAGAUUGCACAAGUUAUUGCUCCAUAUGAGGCCACCAGCAGCGAGCAAUUGUCGCUGACACGCGGCCAAUUGAUUAUGAUACGCAAAAAGACCGAUUCCGGCUGGUGGGAAGGUGAACUCCAGGCCAAGGGCAGGCGUCGUCAAAUUGGUUGGUUCCCGGCCACCUAUGUGAAGGUGUUGCAGGGUGGACGCAACAGCGGACGCAAUACUCCCGUCUCCGGCAGUCGCAUUGAAAUGACCGAGCAGAUUUUGGAUAAAGUAAUUGCUCUAUAUCCGUACAAAGCACAAAAUGAUGAUGAGCUCUCGUUCGAUAAGGACGAUAUUAUUAGUGUCCUGGGCCGCGAUGAGCCGGAAUGGUGGCGCGGCGAACUGAAUGGCCUCUCAGGGCUGUUUCCCAGCAACUAUGUGGGUCCGUUUGUCACGUCCGAGACCACAUCCAAAUCGUUACCCACCUUUUGUUCAGCUGCAACAUCGUUGAAUCCAAGCGGCAGAAGUUCCUUACUGCGACUGUUCAGAGAAGAGGACCAGAGAUUACAUGGCACCAUUCAAGCGGUGCAUAUCUCCAAGCGCAACAAUGGUCAGCUCUUAGGCUGUGCCUAUUUCCGGUUCGAGUGCACAGAGAACAUGGCCAGAGCCAUGUUGCAGGAUAGCGAUAAUCCCGUCGUCGGUUGUGAUGUCACUGUGAAUUGGCAGUUGGCCAAAAGAAAGAAAUGCAGCCCUUGGCUUCGAUGGUGGUGUUGAUGGCCCAGUGAAAAAAUAUUGAAUUUGUUAAUUAUUUGAUUUUCGUUUGCAUUUAUUUUUAGUAAAAUUCACUUAUACAAUAUUUAAAAUCAGUUUAACAGUUUACAAUUUUUAUUUUUUCGGGUGUGUUUUUCUUGUUGCUAAUUAAUUUUGGUGAAUUUUCGCAAUUAGUUUUUGUCGGUAUCAAUUGUUAAGGUUUUUAGUUAAUCGUAUUUAUUUAAAUAUGCACAACUUAAGGCCUACAGUAUGAAAUUAGCAAACGUUCUGCUGUAUUUUUUCAAUUUUAAGUUUUCUUUUAUUUAGUUAUGCUCUCAAGCAAUUUUAAUGAGC